AUGAACCAAUUACACCAAGAGUCGCAUGAUGACGAAGAGUCGGAGUCGCUUGAGCUGGAAGAGCACGAGCAGCUGGAAGAAUCAGAAGAUGACGAGCUGGAAGAAUCAGAAGACGAAGAGCUGGAAGAAUCAGAAGACGAAGAGCUGGAAGAAUCGGAGGACGAAGAGGAGCUGCUGGAAGAAUCCUGGAAACACCUGCAGGUGAGAGAAUUGGAGCUGCUGGAGCUGCUGUCACUCUCAGACUCCCAGGAGGCGUGCUCUCCCCAUCUGUGUCUGCAGUGGACGUUGUGCCAUCCCCUGGCGCUGUGGUCUCCAGAAGCUCCACUCGAGCUGGAGUCAGAUGAGCUUGAGCUGGAACUGUCAGAGCUGGAAGAACUAGAGUCAGAACUGCAGCUGCAGCUCCAGCUGGAAGAACUGGAGUCAGAGCUGCUUGAAUCGGAGCUGCUGGAGGAGUCUGAAGAGCUGGAUGAGCUGCUAGAAUCCCAGCAAUUGCAUUGUUGGCGCUUUUCACGAGCUUCCUUGGCAAGAGGCUCCACCACAGGAGACUGGAUCUCCAGGCUGGCCACGCAGGCCACGAACAGGGCAAGGCAAAUGGACAAGUCACAGGAUGACGAAGAGUCGGAGUCACUUGAGCUGGAAGAGCAUGAGCAGCUGCUGGAUGAAUCAGAAGAGGAAGAGCUGGAAGAAUCGGAGGAGGAUGAAGACGAGCUGCUGGAAGAGCUAGAAUCCUGGAAACACCUGCAGGUGAGAGAAUUGGAGCUGCUGGAGCUGCUGUCGCUCUCAGACUCCCAGGAGGCGUGCUCUCCCCAUCUGUGUCUGCACUGGACGUUGUGCCAUCCCUUGGCGCUGUGGUCUCCAGAAGCUCCACUCGAGCUGGAGUCAGAUGAGCUUGAGCUGGAACUGUCAGAGCUGGAAGAACUAGAGUCAGAACUGCAGCUCCAGCUAGAAGAACUGGAGUCAGAGCUGGAUGAGCUAGAGCUGGAAGAAUCUGAAGAGUCGCUUGAAUCGGAGGACCAGGAGCAAGAGCACUCCCGGGACCGCUUUUCACGAAUUCCCUCGACCAGAGAAGUCUCCAGGCUGGCCACGCAGGCCACGAACAGGGCAAGGCAGAUGGUCAACUUGAACAUUUUUCAGAGUGUUUUGCAAACUGAUACUCUAGGCAACCGCGGUCACGGUCUUUAUACUUUGCUCUAG